AUGGAGGCGCUGGGCCUCCUGGGCCGCGCGUGCCGCCUCGGCCACUUCCGCCGCCGCAGCACGGCCACUCCUCCCCCUCCCCCUCCUCGCAGCAACAGCAAGCGCUGCAGAGCCGUGCGCGCCGGAGCCAGAGCCGCCUCGUCGUCGGCGCCGCGGGCGAUGGAAGCCAAGCGGGAGGAGCCGAGGGUGGUGACGCUGCGGCCGGUGGAGGCCACGCCGGAGUCCUUCGCGCCCUUCGGGCAGGUCAUCGCCGCCUCCCCCGACGGCGACCAGUUCGGCCCCCACGACGCCCAGCUCGACCUCAGCCGCGGCAUCCCCAGGUUCUACAUCAUGAGAUUGGAGAGCAGGCCGCUCAAGUUCUCGUCCAUCACCCACCACGCCAGCGUCACGCAGUGCCUGGGCUCCAUCGGCGGCCAGGACUGGUACCUCGGCGUGGCCAAGCCUUCCAUCGUUGACGGGGCGACGGAGCAGAGUGGUGGCGGGAGUGCCGUGCAGUCGCGCGCUGGGCAUUUCUAUCUGCCCCCGGACCCGUCCGAGGUCUGCGUCUUCCGUGUCUCCGGUCCGAAAUUUCUCAAGCUGCACGCCGGGACCUGGCACGCCGGGCCGCUGUUCAAGGCAGACGCCGUGGAUUUCUAUAAUCUAGAGCUGAGCAACACCAAUAUCGUGGAUCACACCACGCACUACUUCAAGAAGCACGACGGUGUAGCCUUUGUGAUCGAGGACUGA